GUCAAGUUUAUCCGAAUUUUUCAAAGAUCAUGCCUAUCUGGUGUGUAUUAUGAUAUCAGGCGUUGCCGUUCUACUACUUCCACUUGCAUUCAUGAGAAAUAGUCAACCGAAAUUCUUAUACAUUCAUAUACUACUCUGGAUUAUGGUUAUUCUGUGCGCUGAUAUGUUAUCACUUGAUCAGUCAACCAAAAGUUAUGUCGAUAAUGUGCAUACUGGUAGGAGUUCCAGUCGCGUUAUUUAUACUCUCCGUGAUGUUUAUUGUUGCCAAUGUCCGAAUUUGGAUAAUGGAUUUUCGUAUACUACACGAUUUCACGUAUCAACAAGUCCUCCAAGAAAUUUCGUUCAGCUACUUGCAGUCCUCUUGUUUAGUGGCACAGAUAUGUUGUUAGUGGGAUUUGUUUAG